CGCGACCAGACUGGUUGCGCGCGCAGUACGCUAGCGUAGGCGGGGCGUUCCAAGAUGGCAGCUACCAUGUUGCGGGUUACCCUACGCGGCUGGCUACCCGGCGUCCAGCGGGGCUGCGGGUUACGGCUGUUGGUCCCCCUGCCACGCCCCAACUCCACCCCCUAUGAGAUGAGUGAGGCCCAAGACCCUGCCUAUGUCCCUGUGGUUAUGACCCAGCUGAGGCUGGGGGGCUGCAGCUGGCAAGGUGGGGGCAAUGGGUUUCUCCAUUUCCGUCAGCACCAGGAGCUCCAGGCCUUCCUCAACCUACUGGAGGACAGCUUUGUCCAGGAUUUCCUCUCCACAGACUGCUGCUUCCGGGUUUCGGAUAAGUAUCUCCUGGCCAUGGUGCUGGUCUACUUCCAGCGCGCCCACCUGAAGCUCAGCGAGUACACCCACAGCAACCUGUUCUUGGCACUGUACCUUGCGAAUGACAUGGAGGAGGACCUGGAGGAGGCCAAAUGCGAGAUUUUCCCAUGGGCCCUGGGAGAAGAUUGGUGUCUUCAGGUGGGGAAAUUCCUGCAGCAGAGGGACGAGCUGUGGGCACGGAUGGGCUUCCGGGCGUUGGUGAGCCGCCAGUGCUGUGAGGAGGUCAUGGCAAAGGAGCCAUCCCACUGGGCGUGGACUCGAGAGCGGCGCCCCCACCAUGGUGGGGUUCAGAGGGGCCGUCCUGCCCGCUUCCCCCGAGGCCCUGGCCUGUCACCACCCCCUUGUUCCCUCUGUGACUUGCCCCAGCAGUGCAGCCUCCACCAUCCUUUGCCUGCAUCAUCCAAGUGCCCUUCCCUGACCUUGAAGUGCCACCAUCCUGAUUCCCAAAAUUAUCUCUCAGGGGUCAAAAACCCCUGCGGUGGGGACUUCCUCAUCAUCUUGCCCCCCCAGAUGCAGCUGGAGCCAGGCACAUACACCCUCCACAUCUUCCCGAAGCCUUCCUCACACCCCAGGCGCUGACGCUCCCCAGGGGGAAGAACAGCCCGCCACUGGCCUCUGACCCUCGCUCUACUGGCUGCGCCCCAACCUCCAGCCUCCUGUCUCUCGGGGGAGGGGGGUGUCUCAGGCUGGCAGUGCUGCCCCCACCCCUUCCUCCCAACCUGCAACUUCUAAUAAAUUUGUGUCCAUAGGAUAUCAACUA